CAAAUCAGGACAUAUAUCAUCUGCCUUUCCAUUAAACUUUUAAGACUAAAGCCCUCUGUAGUCUGUAAAAAGUACAAACAGUCAGUUCAUAGAACUGUACAUAACCAAACCACCAUUUUACGCUUAACUGAGAUUUACCUUGUGGAACACAAAAACUUUAGAAAUAUAUGGCAGUAUGUGAGGCAGCAAGGCCACUCCUACAAGACCAAGAUUAGAGCUCACUGUCAAAUCAAAACCCAUUGUCAAAGAUGAAUAAAUGAUUUCAAACCUUCCAUCUACAGCCACUCUCUCUCUCUCUCUCUCUCUCUCUCUCUCUCAUCAGUCCCAGGCUCCCAGCAGCGCCAUUCCUGCAGAAAAUUUUCAUAGUGAGUGGUGCUAGAGGAAGAAACCACCUUCACACAGAGCUUGGUAUUUCUGUGUUGUGAACAGAUUCCUUAGCGGCAGAAAAGAUGAUUGGGUUUUUGUUGAAACCUUCGUUUCCCCUCUUGCUGCUUCUUUCUUCGUUGUUUCUUCACCACUGCCACGUUCUCGCUGCUCCAAGUUCCCAGGAUGAUCUCUCUGUUACAGGUUUCGUGCACGAUCUCCCCGCUGAAGAGAAGUCGCCCUUGUGGUCGUGGAUCAAGACUGGAUCAGCAGUGUCCUCUGUAAACAGGAAAGGAGGAAGCAGAGGGGGAAGCAGAGGAGGAAGCAGAGGCGGAGGCGGAGGCUGGACAAGUGGGAAAGGUGGUGGAGGGAGGGUUCCAAUAUAUGCGGCUGGAGGGGCUGCUGGAGCUGCCGGAGCUGCUGCCGGGUAUGCUGCAUCUGGACCUCACCGCCAUGACCUCCACAAUGGCGCAGCCUCGAACAGUGGGAAGCCCUGGCAGAAUCUGGCACUUGCAGUCCUGUUGGCGAUUGCUCUGUUCUUCAACCCUUUUGCAUAGAUGCCGGGUUUCGUUGAAGAAAAUGUAAGUCGAUUCUAGGAUUAGGAACCGUGAAUGUAGUAGUAAGCUUUAGGCUUUUAUCUGUGGAUGCUUAUUUAUGAUUCCUCAACUGUAGCUUACUGUGUUUUGAGGGUGUUUAAUUGAAUUGGUAUUGUACAAGGGUUUUGUAAGUGGGAGGACGUAGGAGUCGCAGACUUCUGAUGCCAUUGUUGUCAUAGAGAGAGUAUGAAAUGGACUAAUGGAUCUGAAGAUUAGAGCAGUGAUUGAUGGCUCAAAAAGGGAAGGGAGGAAUGAGAUUUUAUUGUACAUUGUUGGUCUUUGUAACCAUAGUCUUUGCAUUCAAAGUCCAUUUCAUAAUCACUCGACCAAACUUGUACUGAUAGUAACAGUGAACUUGUUAAAAUACCUCAUCAAUCUUCUAGCCGCAAUCAGAGUAGCUCCUUCGCUUUUGCGGGAGAAGAAGACAAUUCCUGAUAAGCUCGAACUGGAUCGCAUCUGGACAUGGCACUAUCUUUAUCUUAAGUUAACAAGUCUUAACCAUUCGACCAAUGGCAGGGAAAAUCAAAGCAAGCAUCUGAU